AUGGAAUUUCCGGUGGCUCGCCGGAAGGUGAACACAUAUGGGAAAGGCGCACGGAAGGUUCGAGUGCAUGACCUUUUCGACGUCGGCGCGCAACCGUUGUUCGAGUCAACAAAAUCAAUCGAGCACCAUGCGCCCACGCCAGUUGCACCCAGCCAAGCCACCUAUACAGCUCAGGAUGACGAUGGAAUCCAUGGAAGAGCUAGGACGGUACAUGAGACGGGCGGGACAGAGGAGGACGCCAUGGCAACCAGACCGUCAAUCACGCGCCCGGGUAAUACCUCUGCUAUGUUCGACAUCCAGUCUUCGGAGGACGACUCGGGCAAGCUCAAAUCGAACCGACACUCGAAGAAGAGAAAGAUCGUCACCGUCGGUUCAACCCGAGAUGAUGGAUUUGCAAGUGCGACAAGUGACACGAGAGUCGCAGUUCACAAGGUCAAAGGUGCACAGGACUUGGUGGAAAAUGACAAACCGAAGACGCUGCAACAUAAGUCAACGAAUGCUAGAAGGAUGGUCGGAGGUUCGAAGUCAGACAAGCCACCGCCUACGGCCAGAAGAUCUGGAAAGGCUGGCGUAAAGAGCAUCACAAGACGUGCACCCUCCAGCAAAACAGCGUCUUCGAGCAGUGUUGCUGCUUCUAAAACAUUCCUCUCCAGAGAGCUUCAGGCCAGCAGCGGCUCCUCUGCAGACAUGUCGGAUGCUUCCGAUCACUCGGGUAUGUCUGGACGAAGCACUCCGAAGAGAAAGAGAGUUGUUUCAGAUGAAGGCAUCGCCUCGCCCACUCCUAGUGAUCUUCAUCUGACCGCGCUGCGCUUGACCCCUGGUUCUGGUUCACAGAGAUCGCAUUUUUCGUCAGAAGAUGAAGAGAUGAAGGAUGCUCCCAUUGCGGCUGCAUCAAGAGGUCGCGCAAGACUGAUCGAUCGGCUGGAUGCUCCUCGGACGCAGAGUGCCGGGAAUUUGUCGAACCCGGCCCUUCAGAAGGAAGUAUCACAACAUCUCAAGGAGCCUGCCGUUAACAAUGCACCGUCCAAGAAUCCAACCCGCCCAACGCUUGAGAAGCAUACAUCCAGUCAAAUAGUUGCCCCUUCAGGACGAUUACGAGCCACUUACGCGAAGCAAAGGUCGUACCUGAGCGAUAUGGUCGAUAGCGUGGACAGCGACCUACCCGCUUCUGCCAGCCAGGCAUCCUCCCAGCAGAGUUAUUCGCAGGCCUUGUCCUUCACAAGCGGGAUAGCGCCGAUAGAGAUGGACCUAGAUGACAGCGACGAAGCUGACACCGGCAGUCGGAUCAAGAGCAUUCACGAGUUGCGUCGCGGUGGAGCAGUCAGGAAAUUCGACCUAGAGCUUCAGACCAUUCUCGAAGACAUUGAAUCAACAACGAAGUCGCUUCGAGUCACAGGGCUACUGCAGCUUGCCGAUAAAUUACACGAACAGAUGUUCCUGCGACAUUUCCAAGACUCGGGCAACUUUCAACGCUUGAUAGAUUGCGUGAACGACGGCCUGGAUGAAGUCAGCGCCUUAUUUGUGGCAUUAAUUUUCCAGUCUGUGAUAUCGACAGAAAGCUCAUCCCCGAGGGUUUUGUUACAGGUAUUGGAUGCGCUCUACAGGCUACCUCCACGCUUUCUCUCGGAGACGCGUUCAGUGUCCAGACUUGCGAGAGACCGAAGUCAGAACCUCUCCAAGCUGUUGGCCAACGAUAUCGCCGACUUUGAGAAAAGACGGGUUACGGUUCUAGGACAACCCUCCCUGGACAUGGACAGAAUCUUGCUUGGUGCUAUCGAAUCUGCCCAGCGCAAACUCAUCAGCCUCAAAGAGCCGCUACCAAGACUGCCACGAAAAUUGGUGGCUGAGGUGCUGUCCCAGUUCACAAAGCCGCGAGGGGAAAUUGCUGCAGGUGCAACAUCCCGGCAAAUUGAGACCAUCCGACUGUUGCUUGCCUUUCUGGAAAUUGCUUGCGCAAACAGCGAACUGGCUGGUUCUCGCUUUCCGCCGUCCCGUCUCCACGAACUGGGACAAGCCGUAGCGAGCACCAUGAGAGAAGCUCGUCACUCUCAUCCCGAGGUGGAGCACUCGUGCCUUCGACUGAUCGUCAGUCUGAGCAAUAACGAGGCAGAAGUCUGUGAGGCUUUAAGCAAGGGUGACCUUAUCGACGCCGUUUUCCAAGUGGUUGAUGAACAGUUCUUGACACUCGCAGGGCUCGCAGCCCUUGAGAAGGAGUUCGACAAUGCCAGACUUGAAUCCGUUAUUCUCGCCGUCGGCUGCCUCCUCAAUCUCGCCGAAUGCGCCGAUGCGGCCAGGGAGAAGAUGCUGAUUCGGGACUCGGGUGGAAAGAGCCUUGUCCACAGACUUAUCGACAUAUUUAAUCGCCAUGUCGAUCAUGCGACCGAGGCGCUGACCAUGGACCAAACGCAGAUACUUGUCGCCUUUGGGUACAUUUCCGCAUUGCUAUGCACACUGUGCCUCAACCCCGCCGCCUGCCGAAGGAUAUCUAAACAUAUCAAGGGAGAGGGACUCUCACAGCUGUUCGGCGCUGCGGACACAUUCCUACAGCAUCUACAAACAGUUGAAGCGGCCCUCGAGGAAGGGGAAGGUUCGUCAGUAGGAUUUACCGCGCGGUUCACAACGGUGCUCGAAGCUGUCAAAAAGCAAGAUGUAUGA